UCUUCUAAUGGUGUUGAAUCCAGCUUUUAACGAUCUCAUCAAGCAUCUUCUUAGAGCUACAAAACUACCAAGCCUGGAGGAAGUCUGUUCUCAGAUCCAGAAGGAACAAGGGUCUUUGGGUCUCUUCGGCAAUAAAGGAAGCGACUUGGUGAUGGCCAACAAAGGUGAAGCUGCAGUAGCCAACAAAGGAGCCUAUGGUGGUGAGGACCGUGAGGUUUGGGUGUGUGAGCAUUGUAAAAGGAAGGGUCACCUGAAGAGCAAGUGCUGGAUCCUGUAUCCACAUCUCAAGCAAAGCCGCAGCAAAGACCAGAGAAAGCCAAGGGCGAAUGAAGCUCAUGCUCAGGAGGAGGCUGGCCCCUCAGACCGUGAGAAGGAAGGGGUUGCUAUGAGGGCCUCAGCUGAAUAUGUGAAGAAAUCAGACCUGGAUGCUCUCAUCAAGGCUCUUAAAGAGUCUGGAUAUUAAGUCAAGUAAGCUUCUUGGACAAGGAACUACUAAAGAUGGGCUUUAUGUUCUUGAAGACACUAAGCCAUCUUCUCUAUCUAAUGCUUUUGUUUUUAGUUCUGUUGUUGAAAAUAAUGCAUUGUGGCAUGCUAGAUUGGGUCAUCCCCAUCAUAGGUCUUUGAAUCUGAUGUUACCUGAUGUUAAGUUUGAUAAUAAUGCUUGUGAAGCUUGUAUCUUGGGUAAACAUUGUAG